CAUCUUGCUAAGCUUAUGCCUACACAAUGGAGGACAAUUGCCCCGAUCGUGGGUCGUACUCCAUCUCAAUGCCUUGAACGCUAUGAGAAGCUCCUUGAUGCAGCCUGUGCAAAGGAUGAGAACUAUGAAGCAGGUGAUGAUCCACGGAAAUUGCGCCCUGGAGAGAUUGAUCCAAACCCAGAAUUGAAGCCUGCGCGUCCAGACCCUGUUGAUAUGGAUGAGGAUGAGAAGGAAAUGCUUUCAGAAGCACGAGCUCGGUUAGCCAACACUAGGGGCAAGAAGGCAAAAAGGAAAGCCCGGGAAAAGCAGCUUGAAGAGGCCAGGAGGCUAGCUUCUUUGCAGAAAAGGAGAGAACUAAAGGCAGCUGGAAUUCAAACUAGGCAAAAGAAGAGGAAGAGGAGGGGUAUUGACUAUAAUGCUGAAAUUCCCUUUGAGAAGAAGCCUCCUCCAGGCUUUUUUGAUGUCGCUGAUGAAGAUCAACCAGUGGAACAGCUCAAGUUCCCUACCACCAUUGAAGAACUUGAGGGUGAAAAAAGAACUGAUAGGGAAGCAAGAUUAAGGAAGCAGGAUAUUGCAAGGAAUAAAAUUGCACAGAGGCAGGAUGCCCCAUCUGCAAUACUGCAAGCAAACAAACUAAAUGAUCCAGAAGCGGUCCGGAAGAGGUCAAAACUGAUGCUUCCUGCACCACAGAUUUCAGAUAAUGAAUUGGAGGAGAUUGCGAAGAUGGGUUAUACUAGUGAUCUCCUUGCAGGGAGCGAGGAACUCAUUGAAGGGAAUGGUGCAACUCGUGCUCUACUUGCAAAUUAUGCUCAGACACCACGACAAGGAAUGACCCCACUACGGACCCCUCAGCGAACACCUGCAGGUAAGGGUGAUGCUAUUAUGAUGGAAGCUGAAAAUUUGGCCAGGCUGAGAGAGUCUCAGACACCGUUACUUGGAGGAGAAAAUCCAGAACUGCAUCCUUCAGAUUUUUCUGGGGUCACUCCUAAGAAAAGGGAGAUCCAAACGCCAAACCCAAUGUUAACUCCUUCAGUGACUCCCGGAGAUGGUGGUAUGACACCAAGACUUGGCAUGACUCCAUCAAGGGAUUCAUUUGGUCUUACUCCAAAAGGAACUCCAAUUAGGGAUGAGCUUCAUAUUAAUGAGGGCGUGGAUAUGCAUGAAAGUGCAAAACUUGAGCUCCAUAGACAAGCUGAUUUGAGAAGGAACUUGAGCAACCUUCCACAGCCCAAGAAUGAGUACCAGAUAGUUAUCCAACCAGUCCCUGAAGAUAAUGAAGAACCAGAGGAGCAUAUUGAAGAAGAUAUGUCUGACAGGAUGGCUAGAGAGGAGGCUGAGGAAGAAGCGAGGCAACAAUUGUUACUUAAGAAGAGAUCGAAAGUGCUGCAGAGGGAGCUCCCUAGACCUCCCGCUGCUUCAUUGCAACUAAUUAAAAAUUCUUUGACAAGGGCUGAUGAAGACAAGAGCUCCUUUGUUCCCCCAACUUUGACUGAGCAGGCUAAUGAAAUGAUAAGAAAAGAGCUUCUAUCCUUAUUAGAUCAUGAUAAUGCAAAGCUAAAUGCAAAGUAUCCACUUGACGAAAAAGUGGACAAGGAUAACAAGAAAGGAGCCAAGCGGGCUGCAAACAGAAGAUCUGUUUCUGUCCCUGUGAUUGAAGACUUUGAAGAAAAUGAGCUGAAGGAGGUUGGUUAUUUCAUUAAGGAAGAGGUUCAGUUUCUUCGCUUGGCAAUGGGGCAUGAGAAUGAGUCCCUUGAUGAGUUUGUUGAAGCACAUAAAACAUGUUUAAACGAUAUCAUGUAUUUCCCUACUCGUAAUGGUUAUGGUCUAUCUAGUGUUGCCGGAAACAUGGAGAAACUUGCUGCCUUGCAGAAUGAAUUUGAGAAUGUAAAGAAAAGGAUGGAUGAUGAUACUAAGAAGGCACAACGCCUUGAGCAGAAGAUAAAACUUCUUACUAAUGGUUGUCAGAUGCGAGCUGGGAAACUUUGGUCACAAAUUGAAGCAACUUUUAAGCAGAUGGACACUGCAGGAACAGAACUCGAGUGCUUUCAAGCUUUACAAAAGCAAGAGCAGCUGGCAGCAUCACAUAGGAUCAAUGGCCUCUGGGAAGAAGUUCAGAAGCAGGAGCUUGAGCGAACUUUGCAGAAACGCUAUGGGGAUCUUGUAGCGGAGAAAGAAAGGAUCCAAAGCCUCGUGGAUGCUUUCAGAGUACAAGAAGAAGUUGCAGCAAAAAAUCGUGCUCUUGAGUUGGCCAAUGCUGCAGCAAAUGAAACUGCUGAGCCUCCAACUGAUGAAAUUCCAAGCCAAGAGACAGAUGCUGCUCAAGUACAAGCUAAUGCAAGUCCAAAACAGGACAUGGAUGCUGAUGGAGUGGUCGAGAAUGCAACUCCAGUCGUGGAUGUGAGCUCAUCUGACAUCAUGCCCUCUGUUUCUGCUGAUGAUGCUACUCAGCUCAAGAGUGUGGAUGAAAAUCACUCUAGUGACAUUCCAGAUCAAAAUUCUGCUGCCAAAUUGAAUAUUAACUCUGACCUUACUGAUGGAGACGAGAUUAGUAUGUGUGGUGACACUGUCAAUGGUACUGUUGGUGAGAAUUUAACGAGCCCAGAAGUCGCUGGGGGGGAUUUAUCAGCUAAGGAUCAGCAGAAUACUGGGGAAGAUGGAAUCGAGGAUAGUAUCCUGACCAGGCCAGAAGACAUUGUCCCAGAAACAGCUGAAGAUGGUAAUGCUGAUGAGGACAGACAAGUUUCUAUCGAGGUGGACAGUGUAAAUAUGCAAGAUGCAUAAAAAACUGUCAAAAAAGUUCGAAUAAACUUUGGAAGCUGAUGAAAGACUGUAUUCUCCUAGUGCGCUUGCUUCUUCUUGAUUGUGCUGCUUGAGGCUGCUCUCUGAUGCUGUUGGAAUUACUGUUUGCAUUCUGUUGUCUCCUUUUAUUGCUGAUUAUUUAAUGCGAGAACAAGGAGA